AGCCGCCAACCAAAUACCAAAUCUCUCAGCCAGAUGUAUACUCAGCACUUCCAGGAGAGCCACUUGAGUUGCGCUGUCAAUUGAGAGACGCCGUCAUGAUCAGUUGGACUAAGGAUGGGGUCCCUCUGGGGCCCGACAAUAGGACAGUGAUUAUUGGGGAGUACUUACAAAUUAAGGAUGCUACACCCAGAGAUUCGGGCCUCUAUGCUUGCACUGCUGUUAGGACCCUAGACAGUGAUACUCUGUACUUCAUUGUAAAUGUUACAGAUGCUCUUUCCUCUGGGGAUGAUGAAGAUGACAAUGAUGGGUCCGAGGACUUUGUGAAUGACAGCAACCAGAUGAGGGCACCCUAUUGGACACAUACGGACAAAAUGGAGAAAAGGCUUCACGCGGUGCCAGCGGCCAACACCGUCAAGUUUCGCUGCCCGGCGAUGGGAAACCCAACACCGACCAUGCGAUGGCUGAAAAAUGGUAAAGAGUUUAAACAAGAGCAUCGUAUUGGUGGAUAUAAGGUCCGCAACCAGCACUGGAGCCUCAUCAUGGAAAGCGUGGUCCCAUCUGACAAGGGAAAUUAUACGUGCAUAGUGGAAAACCAGUACGGAUCCAUCAACCACACGUACCAUCUCGACGUUGUUGAGCGAUCACCACACAGACCCAUUCUCCAAGCUGGCCUUCCAGCAAAUGCCUCUGCAGUCGUCGGAGGGGACGUCGAGUUUGUCUGCAAAGUCUACAGUGAUGCUCAACCUCAUAUUCAGUGGAUAAAACACGUAGAGAAGAAUGGCAGUAAAUAUGGACCAGACGGACUGCCGUAUCUUCAGGUUCUGAAGGCUGCCGGUGUUAACACCACGGACAAAGAAAUUGAGGUUCUCUAUAUACGGAAUGUAACUUUUGAGGAUGCUGGGGAGUAUACAUGCUUGGCGGGUAAUUCUAUUGGGAUAUCCUUUCACACUGCAUGGUUGACAGUUCUGCCAGCUCCUGAAAAAGAAAAAGAAUAUCCGACAUCCCCAGACUACCUGGAAAUAGCAAUUUACUGCAUAGGGGUCUUCUUAAUUGCCUGCAUGGUGCUGACAGUCAUCCUGUGUCGCAUGAAGAACACCACCAAGAAGCCUGAUUUCAGCAGCCAGCCCGCUGUCCAUAAGCUGACAAAGCGAAUCCCUCUGCGCAGACAGGUGUCAGCCGACUCGAGCUCCUCCAUGAAUUCCAACACGCCUCUGGUGAGGAUAACCACUCGCCUCUCCUCUACUGCUGAUGCCCCCAUGCUGGCAGGAGUCUCGGAAUACGAAUUGCCAGAAGACCCAAAGUGGGAGUUUCCAAGAGAUAAGCUGACGCUGGGUAAACCCCUGGGAGAAGGUUGCUUUGGGCAAGUCGUCAUGGCCGAAGCGGUGGGGAUUGACAAAGACAGGCCUAAAGAAGCAGUGACUGUGGCAGUCAAGAUGUUGAAAGAUGAUGCUACAGAAAAAGAUCUGUCUGACCUGGUGUCAGAGAUGGAGAUGAUGAAGAUGAUUGGGAAGCACAAAAACAUCAUCAAUCUCCUUGGAGCCUGUACCCAGGAUGGUCCAUUGUAUGUGAUAGUAGAAUAUGCUUCCAAAGGAAACCUGCGUGAGUACCUGCGAGCACGCCGCCCCCCGGGGAUGGAGUAUUCGUUUGAUAUUAACAGGGUACCAGAAGAGCAGAUGACAUUCAAGGACUUAGUGUCAUGCACCUACCAGUUGGCAAGAGGCAUGGAGUACCUGGCCUCACAAAAAUGUAUCCAUCGAGACUUGGCUGCAAGAAAUGUUUUGGUAACUGAAAAUAAUGUCAUGAAAAUAGCAGACUUCGGUUUAGCCAGAGACAUCAACAAUAUUGAUUAUUAUAAAAAGACUACUAAUGGACGGCUUCCAGUAAAGUGGAUGGCUCCAGAAGCUCUGUUUGACAGAGUUUACACGCAUCAAAGCGAUGUGUGA